AUGGGACAGAACGACUUCCUGAAGGAGAUCAAGAUCAUGUCGCGCCUGAACGACCCCAACAUCAUCCGGCUGCUAUGGUGUGGUUUCUGCACGCAGGGCAAGUUCACCACAGCGAGUGACGCGUGGGCCUUCGGCGUGACCCUGUGGGAGAUCUUCACACUGUGCAAAGAGCAGCCCUACAGCCUGCUGUCGGACGAGCAGGUGAUCGAGAACACGGGGGAGUUCUUCAGGAACCAGGGCCGGCAGAUCUUCCUGUCUCCGCCCCCGCUGUGCCCGGCGCCCCUCUUCGAGCUCAUGCUGCGCUGCUGGAGCCGCGACAUCAAGGACCGGCCCACCUUCGAGCGUCUGCAUCAGGCCCUGCGGGAGCACGCCGCCUAGGGGGGCGGGGCCAGCACACGCAGGGAGGGGGGGGAGUGGCCUCGAUGCUCAGCACACCUGUGUGCACUCCCAGGGAGCCGCCCCCCCCCCCACAUCUGGCACACCAGGUCGCUGCGGGAGACUGGAGGGGGGCGAGAUUCCCUGGACAAACUCCGAUGUCUUCCCUUCUGCCUCCAUGGAAAGCCCAUGUCAGACAUGCAAGUGGAGUUGGAAGUACCCCAAGUGUACAGACACACGGAGGGGGUUCACCCCCGGACCCCAUCCUCCUACAAAGGCAGUGCGUUGUCUCGCACCCCGUGGCAGUUCUGGAAGGGCUGGGCUGCUGGAGUGCAGUUUUCCUGUGGAAGAGGGGGCGGGACUCUUGCAAGGGCAGGGCACUGCCCCGCCCACCCUGCCCCUUCACUGAUUGGACCAGGGUUAAGUCACUCUUCCGGGUCGCCGUGGCAACCAGAGAACAGGAAGAGGCCUUACUUAUUCCUUCCCUCCUCUUUGGACUCGGUGCGAUCGGCAUGGCGCUUUUAAAAAAAAACACAAUUCCAUUGCCUUCUAUCCAAAGCGUAUAUACACUCCCCUUAAAACACGGGAGGCAGACUCUGAGCAGAGACCGAAAUGAGCAAGCCCUCCUGUGUUUGGUGAGUUUCUGGACUUCUGAUUGUGUGUGCGUCCUGUGGUUUUUAUAUCGUAAAGCACUGCUGUCCGUUUGUUUUCACCAUUUUUAUUUUCCUUUUUUUUUUCCCUCCCCCACACUGGAGUUUUUUUUGUUUUGUUUUGU